UUCUCGGGAAAGUUAAUGGCUUUUCUUGAAUUUUCUCGAGAAAGUUUGUCUGUUCACUGUGUUAUCAUCCGCUGUCUUCGUUGUCCGGAUCUGAAUCAAUUAAUGUCUCUCUUCUAAUUUUAUUCUCCUCUUCAAUCCGCAUUGCCCUGUUCUUCUCUGCUAUCGCAGUAUGAGAUAUAUAUAUAUAGAGAGAGAGAGAAAAAUAAACAUUGUGAUGGACUUGAGGCAGGUGAUUGCAGCUUUUCUCACACUUUCUAUGUUCGCAAUGCUGGGAAACAUGAUCAAAAGAGACCAUUUUGAUUCACUUCAAAUGAAGAGUCCAACAACAUUAAGUGGUGAGUAUGAUGCCACUGAGCUUACAAAGCAAAGGAUUGUCAAACUUUCUAGUGUGAGUAAAGAGCCUUGGGAGGAAAAUGGCAAAGUGCUAAGACCUUGCUGGAACAAACCUACACCAAUUUACUCAUGUAAUUUAUCUCUGAUCGUUUCUAAGAUUGCAAAUGCAGUGGUAGUUGCUGGAUAUCUUGGUGCAACAAUUGUACUCCCUGACAUCAGGGGAAGCAAGCCUGGUGAGAAGAGGAACUUUGAAGAAAUUUAUGAUGUCAAGAGACUUAUUAGAAAUCUGGAUGGUGUGAUCACAAUAGCAAAGUAUCAGCCUAUGAAAGCAUCAAGCACCAUUGUGAGGGUUCCUAAUUGGGUUUCUGAAGACUACAUUGCUGCAAAUGUUGAGCCAUUAUUCAGAUGGAAGAAAAUCUUAAAGCUUGAAACGUACUUCCCUUCCUUAACCAUGACAAAGGGAGAAAAGACUGGGUACUUGGAUUCAUAUUCAUGCUUGGGACUGUUUGGGAUUCUCCAGUUGCAACCAGGGAUGCAGGAAUUGGUUGACUCAAUGGUUGGGAGGCUCGGAACCUUAAGCCAGAAAUCUAAAGGCCGGUUUAUUGCACUGGACUUGGGAAAGGUGUGUUGGGAAAGUGGAGUUAUGGGAAGAAGUUGUUACAAUGCUUGGGAGAUUGGUGAAUUUUUGAAGAGGAUUGGUUUUCAUAGAGACACCACAAUUUACCUGACGCAAUCUGGGUGGCAUAGAAGUCUUGAUGCUUUGAGAGAUAUCUACCCAAGAACAUAUACAAAGCAAGGUAUAAUGCCAGCAGAUAAAAAGGCAAAGUUCCUCAAUGCAGAAAGUUCUGAAUUUGAAAAGCUCGUCGACUUCCAUAUAUGUUCUCAGAGUGAUGUCUUUAUACCUGCCUUCUCUGGGCUGUUCUAUGCUAAUGUUGCCGGGAAGAGAAUUGCUUAUGGCAAGAGACAGAUUCUAGUUCCUGCCCAAAUAACUUCGACUUCUUCCACAGAUUAUAUUUCCCCCUAUAUAUCUAACAAGAGCCAUUUGGCAUAUUCAUGCUUUUGCUGACAUACGGUCACAUACCAUGUGGAGAAUCCGAAAGAGAGCAAUGUGAGGCUCCUGUAAACAGAUAUAAAAUGAGCAUGGUGCACAUUAGUAUUUAGUUUCAGAAGUUGAAGACACCCAAAUACGGUAUGAGGACGAAACCCAGUCUGGCCACGAGUGGGAAAAUCAUAGUAGCCGUUGAUUUGUUGGAAGAGAAAGAAAAAGUGUGGGAUCCUACUGCAUCAGACGGUUGGUUUCAAAAUCAUGCACUUCUGGAUUGAAUCAAAUUUCAUGGAAUGCUAGGACUCCCUAAGGAAAUUGAUCAGUCAACUACGUUUAACAGAACACUUGGGGUACAGAAAUGAUAGUAUGAUUGUAAACACAAAUUACCAUCCUCGUGGUUGUGAACACAAAUUACUGUUACUAUUGUGGCUUUAAGGUUGAAAUAAAGUCGCUUAACAGUAAUAUACAUUGCCUUUUUUAUAUGGAACAUAUAUAUUGAGAAGAACUUGACAAGCAACAUGACUGGCUUGAAUUGGGAAGAGAUGGUUUUAAUCUAUUUGGUAAUGUAAGU